AUGGCUCGCCGUCGUCGUGUUCAACCUCUCUACAUCAACUACGGCGUUCGCGAUCGCGGACCAGAACCGCCCAAUACUCUCUGGACCUCGAUCCGGAUCUUCUUUGCGAACCUCUCGAAUUGCUGCACCGGCCGCACGAAUCCUGACAACAAACAAAACAUCUUAGGCGGCAUCGUCAGUGCUCUCGUUCAUCUCUGUGGCUUUCUCUGCUCCGUCCUCCUCAUGACGAUCUAUGCUCUCAAUCUUCAAGCCGCCGCUCGCGCGCCGAGUCGCCACUCCUCGCAUCCUCCCAGACGCGAACGGUUUGGUGUUAUGUUGGCCGCCAUCAGCAUCAUGUUUGCCGCACUCAAGAUGUCCCCCGCCAUCUCUUGGAAAAUCAGAAACUUCUUCCCGCUCUCCAUCUUCCUUGGUCUUUCCUUCCUCGUCUUCGCCUUGGUCGGCAGCGGAAACAGCAGAUUCUUCAAGCAACCCGGCGACUUGCUUUCGGAUUCCCAAGUCAGAGAAUUCAAAUCCUUUGGCGAGAAAUACGCUCGUCUGGUGUCUGGUCUUUUAGCAGUCUACUGGCUCUUUGCCACGGCUCUCACAAUGGUCGAGAUUGCCAAACGAGACAGGCUGAACUCGCAGCCGCUGCCGACGCGCACUUCCGAUCUCAACAACCUCCCGCCUGAGAUUCUCCAACGCGUUUCCCCUGUCUCUAUGCCGACUGAGUCUCAUCCCUCUCCUGCGUCGUAUCGUCCUGCCGCGAAUAACUUUGUUUAUCACACCCUUGAUCCUCGCAUCUCAGCAGCAAGACGAGCUUAUUCGCGCGCGCACAGUCGCCAGGAUUCUCACCGUUCCACACACUCACGCAAACCAACAAGCAUGGCACAUCAUGCACCCCCCACUAUCGCUCCAGAUCUGCUGUCUUCUCAACGCAUAGUCACACGCAGCGCCGACAGAACUCAACUUCCGCCGCCUGCGUAUUCGCCUGUUGAUCCGCUGUCGCCGCUGAGUCAGUCUGAAAAUCCUAGUGACAGAUAUUCACUUCGAAAACGCUCUCCUCCGCCGCCUAAGGACGAGACCUAA